UACUCACGAAUACCAUCUUCACGCUCGGACGCACCUCACUCACGCUCCUGUCAUACACCGUGGGCGAGCUCUUCGGCGACGAGGAGAUGCCGCCAUGGGUUGGGAUCCAGAUCGCGCCCGUGACACCAGGAGUCAAACGAGAGGCAGAAGAGAGUUCAGGUUCACGGCCCGACGCGAAGUCCGCCAACAAGGGCCGAGGAAAAGGCGGCGACAACCUCGUGACGAAGAUCGCCCUCCUGUCCCUGGCUACGGCUCGCGAGCAGGCCUUGCUCUCCGCCGUCGUGCCGUCGAACUUCCUGGUCUCGAAGGAGAACUACCUCGCUGUGGGCGGUCUCGCGGCCAACAAAGUCUACCCCGACGGAGUACAGCAGCUCCACGAGAAGAAGAAGGAGAACUACCUCGCUGUGGGCGGUCUCGCGGCCAACAAAGUCUACCCCGACGGAGUACAGCAGCUCCACGAGAAGAAGAAGGCGGGGGGGGACGUGGAUCUGAGCGCGCCAGGGCCGCCGUUCAUCACAGUGUUUUUCCUCACGAACCGUGCGGUGAUGAAGUCGGCGCCCGAGCCAAUGCGCACCAGAGCCAAGGAGGCACUUCUCUACCCGAGCGCCACGAGGGCCAGGCUCGACGAGAAUGGAGGGCAAAGCUCGGCUGCAGUUCUCGAUAGGCCCGAAUCCGAGUUCGGCGGCGGGGAGCUGCUCGAGCUCAUUCUACUGGACCUGCAGGCCAUCCAGCGGAGUGGCUCGGCGCCGAAGGGCCCGCUCGAGCGCCAG